GUAUCAAAGUGUGCUCGUCUGACCGUAAUUAAAUGCUUAAAACUCCUGAGCUUCCGGAGGCUCCGUCCCUUGACCCCCGCUGGGGCAUUGCCCCUGGAACCCACGCCAAUUUAUGCUCCACCUGCGUCGUUCACUCGUGCGAUUACAUUCGAAAUAAACUUAGUGUAGGCGAUAAGUGUCACGCAGUGGUAGUUGGUGUUGUAGACUUGCAGCCGUCGCCUCUUCCAUUGCUAUCUGGCUGUUGCCAACCUGGCCAAUAAUAAGAAUGGCAAAUAGUGGUUAUGUAGCAAGUAGCCUGUUCUUCGGAUUUCAAGAGAUCUGUUAUCGAGAAUGCAUCAUUGUUUUGACGACAUUUCUCUUUGUUCGUCUCCUUGUUUCCCGUGGAUUGUUUAAAAAGAGUACCCCUCCUUCUAACCCACCCCCACCGUCUCCAACGGGGCUUCCAUUUUUCGGGAACCUGUUCAGUUUCCAGGAGGACAUGCGGCAUCUCUUUCGGAAAUGGACCAACGAGAUAGGGGGUAUCUUUCGACUUCGGAUAGGGCCGGUGAUGGAUAUCGUGGUGAUAAACGACGUCGAAGCGGUCCGGGAAGCAUUUGUUGAAAAGGCAGACGCCUUCUCUGAUCGCAUGGUACCACCACUACUCGGUGAAGCACUUGGCAAACGAGGUAGCCUCAUUUGGCCGGCAGGAGGAGGAUGGAAAAAGACCCGUAAGUUUGGGCACAGUGCCUUUAGGAGUAUGGGACUUGGUCACAGGAGAAUCGAGGAGAAAGUCGUUGAAGAAGGAAGAAUUCUUGUUCAGGCAUGUGAAAUGAAGGAGGGCGAGCCUUUUAACCCCAGAGUCCUCAUCACUAAUGCUGUUGGCAACAUGAUAGCAUGUUUAGUGACUGGAUCUCGCUACGAUUAUGGUGACCCCGAUUUCGUAAAGAUCGUCGGCGACAUCGAGCGUUUCUCUCAGAACCUCUCACUGACAUCUCUCGGUAACGUUUUCCCGCUCCUCUAUUACACCCCACUCUACACCGACUUUCGGCGCCCUAUGCGAGAUAUCAUCUCGUACAUCAAAUCAAUGGUCAAACAGCACCAACAGAACUUCGACCCUCUUAACGUUCGAGACAUAAUCGACCUCUACAUAGUCGAGCUUAAGCAGCAACGGGAGCAACAGAUUCCUGGUACUGUAGAGGAGAACCUGGAAUGGAGGCUGAGUAUUGAACUCUACAUAGCCGGCAUGGUGACUACCAGUGAUUCUAUGCUAUGGGCUAUACUCAUCGUGGCACAGCAUCCACAGCUAAUGAAAGAAAUCCAGAAAGAAAUCGAUGACGUCAUCGGUGAUGAACGAUCCCCCAAGAUGGCUGACCAAGAUGCAUUGCCUCUCAUUGUAGCAACACUCAUGGAAGUGAGUCGAAUCCGCCCAGCAGUACCUCUGGGCGUGCCGCGAUUGACCAGCCGAGAUGCUACACUACAAGGAUACCACAUUCCGAAAGACACCGUUGUUAUCAUGAACCUAUGGGAGGUUCUCAACAGUCCGAAGUACUGGGACAAGCCUGAAGAAUUCAACCCGUAUCGUUUCCUGAGUGAAGAUCGACGGAGCGUGGUGAAUCACCCUGCUUUUAUUCCAUUCGGAAUAGGACUACGUGCAUGUCUUGGCGAAAAGCUGGCGAGGAUGCAAAUGUUCAUAAUCUUUACAAGCCUCCUGCAGAGAUUCACGUUUUGUUUGGCAGACGACAGUCGAUCGGCCGGCAUGAAAGGCAAGGCAGGAAUGGCUUACUCUCCACUAAAGUAUGAUAUCAUCUUAAAGAGAAGAGAAAACAGCGAUUGAUUGGGAAUGCAACCAUGCCAAUUCGCCUUUUAUAAAAAGAACAGAUAGCACAAUAUUUUCGCUAUGUAUCCUUCAUUUCAGUAUGGCCAACGUUUAUAUACACGUGGAAUAGGAUCUGCACUUAACUUGGGAAAUUUAUUUUAGCCGAAACUCUUUUGUGUAUUGUUUGGUACUGGGUAAUCAUUUGUUAAUAUAAGUGUAUUAUGGCUAAAGAUAAUUAUUUUGAAAAUAUACAUUUUCUUGUGCAAAUAAUGAAGAAAAUUCUUUAUCCUGUACAUAAGUCUAGAUGAUCUUUCUCUUUUGUACUCUUAUAUUUAAGUAGAAAGUAUGAUAAUAAAUUGGUUAAUACCUUAUUGCUAUGUCUCUAUUUCUAUGUGUACUCGAGGGGAUGUUCUUUAUAAAUAUGUUUCUAAAAAGUAUUGAAGGGAUGCAAGUCAUUCAUGAACUGUUAUUAUUUGUGACGCAUGCUUAGUUUUGUUCAAUUUCAGAGCAAAGAUUAUUAAAAAUUAAAUUGUUGUCAUGUGGUAGGAGAAGUACUUGGUAGACUGGUAAACAUAACAUCGCUACUUCUUUGUAUUUAGAAAGCAAACUGCUUCCAUUUAGAAGUUUAAGGAUCUUCCCAUUCUGUUAAGAUGAGAACAUUUAGUGCUACUAGAAAAUCCAUAUUUUAACAAUGUGUACAGAAUGAUUACGUAAUAUGUUUGAUUUAAUAGUGAUGAUUUUCAUCCAAGCGACCAAGGUAUUGGCUGUUGUAUUUUAAGAACAAUCUUUCUGGUAGCUGAGUUACUUAAAUAAUGUGAUUUCAAAUACAACGAGAAAGUAAAUUGUAACACGAUCACAAAUGCUAAUGAAAAUUAACUUGAGGCAAUAUCAGAAGCCUUGUCCAUCACCUAUUGCAAUCUUUGAAUUACUAUGUAAUGUAAAAUAAAAGCAAAGUUGAUUUUUCAAUAGUGUUUGCGAUCGUGACUUGUGCAUAUGAUUAUAUUUAUGGUAAGUUAUCAAAUGUUAGUUUAGUUGAACUUCAUACAAGAUAUGAUGGCAGUACUCUAAAAAUAGAUACUUGGUUACUCUAUAUAUGUUACUAAGGAGUAAUACUCAGGAAUUAAAUGGCGUUUUCUCGCUUUCUUAACAUUCA